AUGGAGUCUAAUUCCAACAUCCGUCCCUCUGUGUCCAUACCUGGCCAAAUCAACAUCCACGGCGAAUUUAAGGCUGAUUUGGAGGUCGCGGUGAAGGAGGAAGUCGCCAAAGAAAUGGAGAUUAUGACAAUCCAACUGGCGACCGAAAUGAUGGCGAGAUCAGGACGCCUACCGUCUGCCGACACCCCCCAGUUCGGCUCACUGACAUCACGGGUGGAAUUGCUCGAGCUGCGCAUCGAGCAGCUAGAAACUCGUGUUUCCAUCACCAUGCAGAAUAUCUCAACCCUGGCAAAUGACCUAUGGCACUUAUCACGCAGAGUCUGGAAUUGUGCCUGGGCAUGGAGGAUCCCGGCUUGUAGAGUGCAUCCGAUCACCUACCCUAUCUCUCUAACCUAG